UCCUGACAAUUGGUUGUUGUCCUCCACCAACCAUAUCGGAAAAUUUGACAGAAUUGCAUGUGUCUUUUUUUUUCUGGGUUAAAAAACGAGAGAAUCAAAGGUGUAGUUAGUGGGCGGCUUUAAUUUAGCUCCGAUCCAAAACAGUAGUUGUUGGUGAAAGCAUGAUCGACGACGAAAAGGCGAUGUGAAUUGAAUUGUCAUGCUCUCAUAAUGGUAAUGUGUUCUCUCAUGAUCAGUUUUUUUUUUUUUUUCACAUGGUUCCAAAGUAUAAAAAAAAAGACAUCUCUAAUAUGACCAAAAGGAUCGCUUUAUUCAUCAAGAAAAAAAAAUCGCUUUAAUUGUUUUUUUCCUGGUGAAAAGCAUAGCACAAGAGGAUACUAGCCAGGAAUUUAUCUAAAAUGAUGUGGAAAAAAAUAUAACAUUAUUUUUAUUAAUAUUGUAUAGUGAUUUGGAACAUCAUAUUAUAUUAUUAUUAUGAAAAGGAUCUAAAAUGCGUACAUUUAUCAUGCAAACUAGACUCUACUAAGCACCGAAGAUUUUAAUUCGUAUUAUUAAUCAAACGAGACUCAUUGAUCAAAAACAUUAUGGUAUAGUACAAUAUGAUAUUUGAUUUUUCCCAUAAAUUGCUCUAAAAUCUUUUUUGAUAUUUGACUUUUCUGUCGCCAUGCAAAGUUUGAUGACCUAAAUUUUAUUUAUAUAUGGUGUAUAGUCGACAUAACCAAACAAAAAAUAGAGGUAUACUGCAUGUAUUCUCAUGUUGAAUAAGUGGGGUUCAAAAGAUAAUAUAUUGACUUGAUGACCAAAUGUUAUAAUUAAUGAAGUAAGAAAUAAAUUAGAGCAAACCUUCUGUUGAAGUGACGACUUAAGUUUAUUUAGGUAGCUUUUAGUAAUUUACUUUAAUUACAGGAGUUAUCUAAAUAAACUAGUAGGGUUCGGUUUAUACCCUAGGCCGAACGUAUAUAUAUGUAUCUUGUAUGCACAGAAAACUUAAGUUGAAUAAGAGUGACUCUGGAGAGUUCUAUCUCUCCCGUGGACUAGUCCUGAUUCUCAGGGAAACCACGUAAAUCUUGGCGUUGUGUUUGUGUUUAUUUUGAGUUCUUAACAUAGUAUCAGAGCCUCUCUUCUAAGGUUUUCGGCUGCUGUGUGUUUUUCGGCUGUUGUGGGCUUCUUCGGCUGCUUUGGGUUUCAGCUGCUGUGUGCUGUAUCUGUUCGCCAACUCGUCUCUUUGCUUUCGGAGCUUUUGUCUCGGCUGUCCAGGGUUCUUCUUCUCGGCUGCUUUCUGUUUAUUGGGAUUUCGGCUGCCUCUUGGUUUGGAGUCUUACUUGGCUGCGCAGGUUUUGUUCCCUGGGUUCUUUUAUUCUUGGAAUUCUAUUUUGGCUCUUUAUUUUGGCUAAGGAGUCUCCGCUCGACUGCUGUGUGGAAACUACUUGGAUUGCUAUUUAUUUUGGCUCGCUAGAAUAUUGUGUUGUGCUAUUGUUUAGUCUCGAUGGAUUCAGGAAAGCCCGAUGCUGUUGUGGCUCGCUUUGAUGGAAAGAAUUUUCCCUUAUGGGAAUUUCAAUUCCGUACGUUUGUUCAAGGCAAGCGCCUCCUUCCAUUGCUGCUGGGUACUCGUCCUAAGCCGGCUGAGUCCGAGGCUAAGGAGUUUGCCGAUUGGGAGGCGGAGAAUGCACAGGUCAUCACUUGGCUUGUGGCAUGUGUGGACGUUCCUACCGGGCUGAGUCUGCGCCGUUUUACGACGGCAAGUGCUAUGUGGAAGCAUCUAUGUACCACCAACUGUCAAGCUAAUGCAUCGCGUCAGUUUGCGUUGGAAACUGCCAUUGCUGGGUUGGCUCAGGGUCGUAUGGAUAUCCGCUCAUAUUAUCAGGAAGCCAUGAACCUCUGGACCGAGAGCGAUCUUCUCUCGGCAUCUAUCUCGACCGCUCAUACUCCUGAAGCUACUAUUGUGGAACGUACGCGUAGUCGUACAAUGCACUUCCUUAUGAAGUUACGUCCAGAAUAUGAGCCCAUUCGAGCUUCUCUUCUCCACCGUAAUGUGACUGAGUUGGAUGAAAUUCUGGCCGAGCUUUACAGAGAAGAAAUUCGGCUUAAAAGUCAGGCACAGAUUGACGCCGGUUCUGCUCGCUCCCUUGAGAAUUCCUCGGUGUUUGCGGCUACCUCUUUUCGGCCACACUUUCAGUCCUCAUCCUCGCAGAUGGGUGCCUCUGGUCAUGGUCCUCCUGGUGGUCAAGGGACUGCCCCUGUUCGCUUUUGUCAUUAUUGCAGGGAUCCUGGGCAUAUUCAGCCAUUCUGCCGGAAAAGAAAUUGGUGCAACUUUUGUCGUCAGGCUGGGCACAUCUUGAGCGAGUGUCCUAAACGGGGUCGUCGUUCACAUCCUCGUUCUGCUGGUCCUAGUUCUGCACCCGCUGCUUAUGCUGCUACUGAGGUGUGCACCGCGCCUACUCCCGGUGCUUUUCAAUCUGUCACAGGUGUCUCUAAGGAAGAGCUUACCAAGCUGAUCCACUCGGCGCUUCAGGAGGUGAUGCACUCCGCUUUCUCGACUGGUAAUGGUUCAGGUAACUCUCCCCACUGGCUUCUUGACUCAGCUGCUUUCAAUCAUAUGACAAAUCGUGUAGGGUCGUUCACAUCGCUUCGUCCUGUGACUCAACGAUUGCAAGUGGCUGACGGUACGAUUUUACCGGUUACUGGGAUGGGUCGGAUUGUGGAGUCUGGGCUUCAUCUGGAUAGGGUUCUUCAUGCUCCUAGAUUGGUUCCGAAUUUGAUUUCUGUGGGUCAACUUGCUGAGGAUGGGUGUGAUGUAAAAUUUGAUAAUAAUGGGUGUGUGGUGCAGGACUCGAGGACGGGGAUGGAACUCGGCCGGGGUCGUAAGCAUGGGCGCAUAUAUGUGAUGGAGUCUCUGCGUUCGCGGGACUUGUCUGGGUGUAGGCGUGAGCUGGCUGCUGGUGAUCAUGUUGAUGCUCGACUUGAUGUUUCCCGUGAUAGUUGUAGGAUGAACUCCUCUACAUUUACUGUUGUUUCUGUCAAACAUUCUCUCAGUUCGGAUGUUCGGAAUUCUGUUUGGGAUCUUUGGCACUGCCGUUUGGGGCAUCCUCAUUCUUCUCGUUUAUUACAGAUGUUUUCGGAAAAAUUAUUGCCUGGUAAUUUUCGAGCUGCUUCAUUUUCUCCUCCCCCAUGUAUUAGUUGCAUUGAGGCUAAGGCUGCUCAACGAUCGUUCCCUACUAGUUCUACAGUUUAUGAUGCUCCGUUUGACCUGGUGCAUACGGACCUUUGGGGUCCAUCGCAGGUCCCAUCUCGCAAUGGAUUUCUUUAUUUUGCGUUGUUUAUUGAUCACCAUACCCGGUACACUUGGAUAUAUUUUUUGCGGCAUAAAUCUGAGCUUCUUACUCAUGCCCGAGACUUUGUUCGUAUGAUACAGACCCAGUUCCAAAAGACUAUUAAGAUUAUUCGUUCUGAUCCUGGUGGAGAGUUUAGUUCGAAUGAGCUGCUUGCAUUUUAUCGUUCGCAGGGUAUUCUCAGUCAGCAGUCUUGCCCAGGGGUAUCACAACAAAAUGGCGUGGUUGAGCGUAAAAACCGCCAUGUCCUCGAACUGACACGCGCUUUAUUGUUUCGUUCUGGAGUUCCCGCACGAUUUUGGGUGGAAGCAGCUAACACUGUCGUUCACCUCAUUAAUCGUCAGAUUACUCCAGUCCUUGAUAACUCUUCUCCCUAUCAGAAGUUGUAUUCCAAGUUGCCUGACUAUGGCGCCCUACGUGUUUUCGGGUGCUUAUGUUUUGUGCUACUUCCUCGCAAGGAGCGUCAUAAACUCGACCCCAAGACAGCUCGUUGUGUUUUUUUGGGAUACAGUGAUCGUCAUAAGGGGUACCUAUGUUAUGAUCCGGAGGGUCAACGGUUACGAAUUGGUUAUCAUGUUAUAUUUAUGGAGAAUGUCAUGUACUACUCCACCAAGAAGGAAUCCUCACGUGAGGAGUUUGCUCGUAGUCUUUCCUUUCUUGAAACCUUGGUGGUUGCUGACUCCGUGACAUUUGGUUCCCCUUGUGUUGUUCCUGCCGAGCCUACUCCCUCUCUUUCAUUGCAUGAUGGGGAUGGUACCGAGACAUCCUCCCCUGUGGGAUCCUUGGACAGUAGCAGUGAUGAGUCAUCGAGUAGUAGCCAUAGUGGAUCCAACUCCUCAUCACAUGACAUCUUAAAUAGCAGCAGUGAUGGGUCCUUGGAUUCUAGCUCAGGCAGUGAUGAAAGCAAUGAUCCUCCGUCACCGCCAGCCGGGCCUCGUCGAUCAGAUCGGGUAAACAAGGGCCAACCACCUCCUCGCCAUAAUGACUACGUCGUCUUUGCUGUGGAUCCCGUCACCUUUGCUGUUGAACCCAUUCAUGUACCUUCUCACUACAGAUAUGCAUGUGGUAUACCAGAGUGGGAUAAUGCUAUGAUAGAAGAAAUCGAUGCACUUGAAGAGAAUGAGACAUGGGAGGUGAUCCCCAGAACUCCGGAUAUGUCUGUUGUUGGGUGUAAGUGGGUGUUCACUGUGAAGCUUAAACCAGAUGGAUCACUUGAUCGAUAUAAGGCCAGGUUGGUAGCUCAAGGGUUCAGCCAGGAAUAUGGGAUUGACUAUGAUGAAACCUUCGCUCCUGUGGCGAAGAUGCAGACUGUUCGAUGUGUAUUGGCUGUAGCUGCAAUGCGGAAUUGGCCUCUGGUUCAGUUAGAUGUCAAAAAUGCAUUCCUGCAUGGAGAUCUGAAGGAGACUAUUUAUAUGGCAUGUCCAGCAGGGUAUUCGAAGGGUGGUCCUAACGUUGUUUGUCGAUUGAAGAAGUCUUUAUAUGGACUAAAACAGGCUCCACGUACCUGGUUUGAGAAAUUCCAUGGCACUGUUAUGCAGGCUGGCUUUGUGCAAAGUCAGAAUGAUCCAUCUUUGUUUUUGCGUCAAACGACGACUGGUCUCACUGUCUUAUUACUAUAUGUUGAUGAUAUGAUCAUCACGGGGAGUGAUCAUGUUGGUAUACAGGAACUCAAGGAGACAUUACAUCAGGCAUUUAAACUGAAGGAGCUUGGAGAUGUUUCAUACUUCCUGGGCUUGGAAAUCGAGCGCACGACACAAGGCAUUUUUGUGAGUCAGAAAAAGUAUGUUCGGGAUUUACUGGUUGAGUAUCAGUUCCUUGACUGCAAGCCAUGUCCUACACCUAUGGAGCAGAACUUAAAAUUAAGUAGAUCAAGUGGUGAGCUUCUCGAUGAUCAAACUAACUAUCGUACGAUAGUAGGGAGUCUCAGGUAUUUAAGCUCUACUCGACCUGAUAUAGCAUAUGCAGUUCAAGUUGUCAGUCAAUAUAUGGGGAUGGCCAGAACUCUGCAUCUUGAUGCCGUGCAUCGGAUCUUGCGGUAUCUUCAGGGUACUCAAGAUGUGGGAAUUUUCUUUCCCAGUCAUGGUGAGAUGACUUUAGAGGCAUUUGCAGAUGCUGAUUUUGCAGGAUGUGUCGAUACCCGACGGUCUACUUCAGGCUGGUGUGUUAGACUUGGUUUAUCUCCUAUAUCUUGGCGCUGCAAGAAGCAAGAUCGUGUCUCUAAGUCUUCAACUGAAGCAGAAUACAGGUCUAUGUCUGAAGUUAGCUCCGAAUUGGUAUGGUUGCAGCGGUUACUAAUGGAUUUGGGAGUUAAUUGCACGACGCCGAUGAGGUUGUUUGGUGAUAAUACUAGUGCAAUUCGGAUUGCUAACAAUCCAGUGUUGCACGACAGGACUAAGCACAUCGAGACUCAUGUGCAUUAUAUUCGGCAGCUCAUUCAGGAGGGAGUCAUCCAGCUCAGUUAUCUGUCAACAGAAGACCAGACUGCAGAUUUGUUGACAAAGGCUGUCGGCACUAGUCGUCACUGGUAUUUAUCUCACAAACUGAUGCUACGUCAGCAUCAUCAGUUUGAGGGAGGGUGUUGAAGUGACGACUUAAGUUUAUUUAGGUAGCUUUUAGUAAUUUACUUUAAUUACAGGAGUUAUCUAAAUAAACUAGUAGGGUUCGGUUUAUACCCUAGGCCGAACGUAUAUAUAUGUAUCUUGUAUGCACAGAAAACUUAAGUUGAAUAAGAGUGACUCUGGAGAGUUCUAUCUCUCCCGUGGACUAGUCCUGAUUCUCAGGGAAACCACGUAAAUCUUGGCGUUGUGUUUGUGUUUAUUUUGAGUUCUUAACACCUUCUUGAACUUAUAAUUUAGUUAAGGGAGCCCAUCAUUAAUCCGCAACGACGGUUUCUUUUUUCUUUACAAUAUGAUAAUGAUCACAAUAAUUUACAAUAUGAUAAUGAUCACAAUAAUUUAUACAGAUGGUGAAUAUUUAUUAGUUAAAUCCUUUUCAGAUUAUUUUUUAUUAGAAAAACCUAUUGAAAUACUAAUAAUUAGUCAAAUAUUAAUUUUCAGUUACCAAUUUUGUUAAUAAUAUUGACUUGGCAAUAUGAUACUGACUUGGAAGAGACACAUGAAUGUCAAGAUUCCAAAAUUUUAGUAUGUCAACUAAGAAAAGAGUUACAAAAUUAUUAAUGAUAACAUAAAAAUGGCUAAUAUUUUGAUGCAUUACAAAAGAUUUGACUAAUUAAUAGCAUUUUAAUAGGUUUGGAUAAUAUUUGUAUAUAUUGUUUAUAUUUAUAAAACAUAUAAAGCAAUUUGCAGAAGAUGUUUAGGAAGAACUCAAAUAAAGUAGUUCAAAACUUUUGAAGUGUAGUUUUCAUUAUCGCCAGGGCCCCUCUGCCACAUGAGGAUUAGAAUAAUAAUCGAGAUAUUAAAAUAGAAAGAGUCAUCUAAAAUGUUUGUGGUAGGUAGGCAUAGUUCAGAUUGGUGUACUCGAACUCGCUAGGUACUUUCGGAGAUAUAUAUUUAUCUAGUAUAUGGAUAAAAAUAUCUGAAAUUUUUUAUUCAUAUUUGAGACUAUCGAAAUCGUUAUUCGAAUGACUAAAUAUUUUGUAUCGAUUAAGAUUACCAUGAUAUGCAUCAUAAUUUUUUUAAAAAAAUUCUUUGGAAAAUUCAUUUUCACAUUUACUUUCAUAAGACUAUAAGAGCUCGUAUAAAAGACUGCGAACACAAAUCUCUGGGGUCGUUUGGAUGGGUUAAUUGUCAAUGUGGUAUUUGUAGAGUCAAAUAACUCAUUUAUUAUUCAUGUGAUAUUUCAGUGUUAUUUCAAUGGUAAUUGAAAUAAAGUAUCUCGUUUGGUUGAACCAUGCAAAUGUGGUAUUCGACAUGUGGUAUUUGGUAAAAACAGAGUAAUAAAACGAGUUAUUUUGAAAUAACACAUGAGUAUAAGUUAUUUCAAAUAACUCGUUUUGAGUUAUUUGUAAAUAACUCAUUGUCCAAAUAACUAAUUUCAGAAAAACGUUACCAAACGAGUUAUUUGUGCCCAAAUAACUCAAUGUGAGUUAUUUGAUAAAGACAUUGAACUCAUUUAUAUAGCAAUUACAAAUGAAAUACUCAGACAAAAAAGAGAGAAAAAAAUAAAAAAUAAAUAAAGGAAAACAAAGAAAAGGCUUUAUGUAUACAUAUGGCCAUGCAAAAUUUUAAUAUGAAAUUGAGAUAAAACGGGGCAAAAAUAUAACUCACAUCCUAUCUCACACUAAUCAGGAGGCUGGUGAUACCAACAUCUUAACCAGAUGUUACACUACAAAUACACACUUCAAAACUGACAUACAACUUACCAACUUAUUGUAGAUAUCCUAACAUAUCAAUCUAACGUAGGACGGAGUCAGUUAGCUACUCUAUAAAUUAAACGAAAGCACUGAUGGCCAAAUAAGUAAUAACAAAGUGGAUUAUGUCAAUGAUGAAUAUUAUGGCCUUCUUAUAUAUUAUUGGAGUAUGUUGUUCAUUGGAAUAUUGGAGGAAAUGAAUAACGCGAUAAUGG